AGCCAUUUUGUCUUUCCGUUGCUGCUGCUGCCCGAGCUUCUCCCUCCCACCUGCCGCCGCUGGCCGGGAAACUCCAGUUCCCCCCCAGGGCCUGGCUCCCGCCGCCCGCGGGACCCGCUCUCCGGCCUCCCCGCGCCUGGGGGAGGCACCACCGGCAGCGGCGCGGGAAGCCCCGAGCCUCCUCCUCAGCAGCGCAUGCCCUCCCUGCCCCGGGAGGUGCCUCCGCAGCCCCACGGACCCCCCCGGCGAGAUCUGGGGCGCCUCUCCCCCCACAGGUCAGCCGCAUGUGACUUGCCCGGGGCAGUCCCGUCCCGCGUCGAGACGCUGCUCCGCAGCCUCCUCCUCCUCCUCCUCCGCCAAGGCCAGAGCCUGACCCUCCGCCCGUCCUCCUCCGAGAGCGGCGUGCCCUUGCCCGGCGGCGAGGGGGGACGCCCGGCGUGGCUCUGAGAGAGCCGCGCAGAGGCUGCCCCCUGCUCCUCUCUCUCCCCCCGAUCCUCCUCCUCCUCCCCUUCCCCUUCUCCCCCGCCCCGCCAUGUCCAGCGAGGAGAGCUACCUGGCCAUCCUCCGCUACCUGACCAACGAGCGGGAGCCCUACGCGCCGGGGACGGAGGGCAACGCCAAGCGGAAGAUCCGCAAGGCAGCCGCCUGCUACGUGGUGCGCGGCGGCACCCUUUACUACCAGCGGCGGCAGCGGGACCAGCAGAGCUUCGCCGAACUCGAGGUGGUGCUGCAGGCUGAGCGCCGCGCACGCCUCAUCCGCGCCGCGCACCUGGCCCCCGACGGCGCCCACCGCACCCGGCUGCAGACCUGGCAGGGGCUCUCGCAGAAGUACUGGUGGCGAGGUAUUCUUAAGCAGGUUAAAGAUUACAUUAAAGAAUGCAGCAAGUGCCAGGAAAAGCUAGAUCGCUCUAGAUCUCUGUCAGAUCCUUCUGAAAUGCUUGAAGAACUAGGACUGGAUCCAAAAUCUCAUGAAGACGGUAAUGAAACAGAUGAUGAAUUGAGUAAUACGUCAUCAAUCCCAGCUGCAUCUCCAAAGCCUGUGAAGAAGCAGCCAAUAGCAAAGCAUGAGCUUGUAUUUGUUGACAGUAAGGGCCUUGUGAAGCAAUCAUCUUCCAAACAUUGUCUGUCAGUCUUGAACCAGCUGAAUCAGCAGAGGCUUUCCAAUCAGUUCUGUGAUGUGACUCUGCUGAUUGAAGGAGAGGAGUACAAAGCUCACAAGUCUGUCUUGGCAGCCAACAGCGAGUACUUCCGGGAGCUCUUCAUUGAGAAGGGAGCUGUCUCUAGUCAUGAAGCUGUGGUGGAUCUGUCAGGGUUCUGCAAGUCCAGUUUCCUGCCUUUAUUGGAAUUUGCUUACACUUCAGAAUUAACUUUUGACUUCUGUAGUAUGGCAGAAGUAGCCAUGCUUGCCCGGCAUCUCUUCAUGUCAGAGGUCCUUGAAAUCUGUGAAAAUGUGCACAAACAGAUGGAAGAGAAACAAAUUACAGUGUACCAAAAAGGAGAUAUUCAAACAGUAGAGUCAACACAAAAUUUAGCAGAGCAGACUGAAGUCGAGAUGCAACCUGUGGAAGGUGCUCAGCAACCUGAGCUCACAGCCAGUGAAGCUCCAGUAGCUGUGAAUGGAGCUCCUUCCUCUGCUGGGCCAGAGGAGGCAGCAGCAGCACCCCCCCAGCCUGACAUCCCACCCCCAGAGCCUGUGGAAGCCACUCCAGAUGAUGUUUCAAAGCCUGUGGAGGAGCAGUGUGAAACAACUGAAAAUUGCAUCAAGAUGCAGCAGCUGGAGAGCAUCUCAAGUAGCACCGGGUCUGUUGUAAAGGCUGAGCAAUCAGUUGUGGAAGCCAUGGACAUACAGAAUCAAACAGAAAUUGGGACAGAUAAAAAUGAAAGUAGAGCAAAUGUGGACACUGGUUCUGAAGACUCCUCAGAAACACUCAAGCAAAAAUGUGGCAAACAAAGUAAAGAAGAGAGUGUUUCAGUUUCACAGGUGGAAAGCUUAGCCUCCAGCCAAGAUGAUACUUACAAAAGCAAACUUCGCCAGCGUUCUGUUAGUGAGGGUGGAUAUAUAAGAUUGCAUAAAGGAAUUGAAAAAAAACUGCAGAAUAGAAAGACAAAUCCUAAAUCUGCAAUACAGCAGGUUGCCAUGAAGCUGGUACAAAGAGGGAAAAAAAUGAAACAGCCCAAAAGAGAGACCACAGAAAAUAAUGAACCAGAAAGUCAGCACAAAUGCACUGAAUGUGGAAUGGUGUUCCAGCGACGCUAUGCGCUUAUAAUGCACACACUGAAACAUGAAAGAUCUAAAGAUUAUAAAUGCCCAUUGUGUAAAAAAGAAUUCCAGUAUGGUGCCUCCCUGCGAGCCCAUCUUGUCCGGCACACUCGGAAGACUGAAGUGAGCACUGGAGGUGCUGGUGGAGAAGAGACGGGAAUGUCUGCAGUGAAAGGGAGAACCAAACGGGAAUUUAUAUGUGAUAUAUGUGGGAGAACUCUACCUAAGCUUUAUUCUCUGAGAAUACAUAUGCUCAAGCAUACAGGUGUAAAGCCACAUGCAUGCAAGGUUUGUGGAAAAACCUUUACGUACAAGCAUGGAUUAAAAAUGCACUUAGCUCUCCACGAAGUACAGAAACAGUUCAAGUGUGAAUUGUGUGAAAAGUCUUUUGUGACAAAAAGAAGUCUUCAGGAACACAUGAGCAUUCAUACUGGAGAAUCCAAGUAUCUUUGUUCCAUCUGUGGAAAAUCUUUCCACAGGGCUUCAGGACUUAGUAAACACAUAAAGAAACACCAGCCGAAGCCUGAAGUUCGUGGAUAUCAGUGUACUCAGUGUGAAAAGAGUUUCUAUGAAGCUCGAGAUCUUCGUCAGCAUAUGAAUAAACAUUUAGGUGUGAAGCCGUUUCAGUGCCAGUUCUGUGGAAAAUGUUACAGUUGGAAGAAAGACUGGUAUUCUCAUGUGAAGUCUCAUUCUGUCACAGACCCUUAUAGGUGUAAUAUAUGUGGAAAAGAAUUUUAUGAGAAAGCUUUGUAUAGAAGACAUGUAAAGAAAGCCACACAUGGUAAAAAAGGAAGAGCAAAACAAAAUCUGGAACGAGUUUGUGAGCACUGUGGAAGAAAAUUCACACAACUCCGGGAAUAUAGGAGACACAUGAACAAUCAUGAAGGUGUGAAGCCAUUUGAGUGCCUGACUUGUGGAGUAGCCUGGGCUGAUGCUCGUUCCCUGAAGCGCCACGUGAGAACGCACACCGGGGAGCGGCCGUAUGUCUGCCCGGUGUGCAACGAGGCCUACAUAGACGCCCGAACACUACGGAAGCACAUGACCAAGUUUCACAGGGACUACGUGCCCUGCAAAAUCAUGCUGGAGAAGGACACUCUGCAGUUUCAUAACCAGGGCACGCAGGUGGAGCACGCCAUCAGCAUUUUAGCAGCAGACAUGCAGGAGCAAGAGGCGGAGAUCAGUGUUGGGGAUGGUGAAAUCGAGACUGUGGUGGUGACAGGAGAGACGCUCGAAGCCAUCGAAGCGGUUGCGGCUACCGAGGAGUGUACGUCGGUCUCUACUCUUUCUGACCAAAGCAUCAUGCAGGUGGUUAAUUAUGUACUGGCACAACAGCAAGGACAGAAAAUGGCAGAAGUGACGCAGGCCAUUGAAACUGUAGAAGUAGAAGUAGCCCAUGUUACAAAGGCAGACUGAAUAUGGGAUGUGAGAGGGUGAAUUCUUGGUGAUCUCUAGGGACUAAAUAUUUAAACUGGGUGUCUGAGGCCCACAGAGAAUCCUGCUUUCAAACAGUUAAAUCACCAGGACCAAAUGGCUUGGUGACUAAAUACUGCUCCAGAAAUUAUGGGGAAAAAGAUAAGAUGCUCUAGUGUGGGCCAAGGCUUUGAAGGCAAAGAUUUCUGCACUGGCCAUAAAUGUAAAAAAGAAAACUUAGAAGAAUGAUGUUUUUUUUGUGUCAUGGCGUAAGAAUCCUAUAGUAACUUAAAAAAAUAAAACCCCCAUAACUAUAUAAAGAAACUGCACUGAAAACUAGAAAUGCACAGCUGUCCAUAGCAUUUUUUUACUUUCAUUUUUAUGUUGUUUUUGUGUAUUUCAUCAUGUUUAUGAGAAAAUUACCUGUAUUGGAUUCAAUUUGUUUACUUCCCAAGACAAGGGGAUGGGUAGAGUGUUUCAGGGUGUGCUUCAAGUGACACACAGAAAAUCUAAGGCUUUGGGGUUUUUUAAACAAGAAACACUUCUACCAAGAGGUAACUGAAUGUGUUAUGCACGUGAACAAUCAGAAAUGUGGUUUUUAUGUUCUCAGUCUAGAAUGCUAUCAAAUGUUUCCCAGCUUUGAUAGCAGCAAGAUAGCCAAGCAGCCAGAAGCCCAUAAUAUUUGCAGGGUAAAUCCUGUAGAUAAAGUUACAUGUUUAUUACUCCCUGGGGCAUGGGAAACAAAACUGAAGCAAAGCCGGUGAGAAAGUAACCACCUGAUUUGAAUGAGUGUAUCUGCCAGCAUUUUGUUUAACUGAAUAUCUGUCUACUAAGCUACAGAAUGGACUGUUCUUUUUAUACUUUGCAAACAUGUAGAUAAGCAGUUGUUGAAAAUUUUUAAAGCAAUAUGUAGUUUGAGCUCCUGCCUUGGAUCUGAAUUAAUCUGUAGCUGACUGUUUCAAAUGGCAAGGUCUUCCUGCGGAGGAGUAAUGUAAUUAUUUAUACAUUGUGGAGCCCUUUACAAUUGUAUCAUUUUCUAAUUACCGAAUGGAGUAAAAUGAAAAUUAAUACUUUACAAAAAUUACUGGUAGCUGUAACUCUUGAAUUUUUGUAUGGGCAGGAAUCUGGACAUAGCUGUCCUGCUUAAAAUACUGCCAUUAUGAUAGAAAAAGUUUUAAAAGAGCACUAGCUAAACUUUAAAAUUUACUUCAAUGUUUGUAUCGUACAAAUACUCACGUAUUACUAAGGAAAUGUGAGGAAAUGUUUAAGUAAAAAUAGCUGUAAAUAGUGCUAGAACAUUAUUUAUAUAUAUAGCGUGUUACCUUGCAAAAAGAAUCUUGCAAGCACCUCAGUUUAAUCUUUGGUGCAUUUAUUUAUUUGCCCAACCUGUGGAAGAGAGAGAAUUGAAUCUGAAUUUAGAAGCUUUGUUUACCCGCUGCAAAGAUGCUUUAACUGACUUGAUGGUCUGCCAUUUAAAUACAAACAAAAAGAACCUAAAAAAGCCCACAACAAGCUGUGUUCUGAACAGCUGAACGCCAAAGCUGAAUGUUGCAGCACCCCUUUCCUGACAUACGGUGCCUUACCUUUUCAGAACAGCAUGAGGUAAGUAGGGAGUGUUGCUCUAAGCUUUGCUGUUCCUCUAUGUGUGAAGUUGCCUUAUGUUUUUCUUUAGAUUUCAGCAGUUAUAUUUAAAAUGUUCACCCUCUGCAAUCUAUUUGAAGUUGGACUGCAGGAACGCAGUUGAUAUUAUUUAAUUUUUUUUUUCAAAUAAAGAUCAUAAGUGUCCAUUUAUAAAGUAUUCCUUGUGAGUUCCUGUACAUAAUUAAUUUGAUCUGUACAUUCUGCUGUUUUUAUUUAGUGUUAAGAUGUAUAAAGUUACGGUUAUUUGUCAUUAAAUAAACUGAGCUUUG